UCCCCAUUCAAUUGGCAGCAGUUCCCGAGGUGUGAGUUACGUAGCAGUAGCAACUCCGGAAAACUACAAUUAAAAAAAAAAAAAAAAUCGUGCGGAAAGCGAAGUGUACAUUUUUUUUGCAGUGCAAGUGAUCGAGAUGCCAAAGGAUAAGAGUAAGGGUAAACGCGAGGGUGAGCCGCCCGUUAAGCGGCAGCGUAAAAAUCGUCCCGAGAGCAGCGAGUCCAGCGACUCCUACUCGAGCUGCAGCUCCUCGGGCACCUCCGGAUCAUCCGGAUCCUCCGGAUCAUCCGGAUCAUCCGGAUCCUCUGGAUCCUCCAGCUCGAGCGACUCCUCCAGCUCCGACUCGACCAGCGAGGACUCCGGGGAUGAGUCGGAUGAAGCAGACGGGGCCAAGAGGGCCAAGCACUCGUGCUGCCACCAUCGGCACCACCGACGCCAUCGGCGGCACCAUCACCAUCACUCGCCGCCGCGCCAUCACUCCCAUCGCCGUCAUGGGCGCCCAGCCGGCCAGCGUCGCCAUCGGCCCGAACAUGGACGCUCCUCGAAGCGUCGCCGAGCAGCCGUCACCGCCGCCAAGACGGCAGUAGUGGUCAAGGAGGAAAAGCCCUCCAGCUCCGGCAGCCACCCGGUGGUGGCCAUCCAGAUACCGGCCCCCAUUCCGCUGCCUGUGCCGGUGGCCAUUCCGGCCGAGCUCAACACCACCCAGCCGCAGCCCGUGCCGGCUCCAGUUCCGGCUCCAGUUCCGACUCCAGUUCCGACUCCAGUUCCGGCUCCAGUUCCGGCUCCUGCUCCCGCUGCUCCCUUGGCCAGGGAGCUGGCCAAACCCAAGACCCAAACCCAAAUCCCGGCCAAGACCAUCACCAAGAGCCUGGCCACUGUGGGUGCCGCGCCCAUGGGCAGGAUCAUGGCCGGAGGAGCCAGAUCCAGCGGCAUGAAGCUGGUGCCCAACCAGGUCAGGAAGGUAUUGGCCAGUGGCUCCACUGCGAAGACUCCGGCAAGGAUUGGUCAACCCAAUUCAAGUGCCAGCCAGGCGGACUCCAAUGACAAGUCACCGAUGAGAAAGGAAUCCUCCAACUCGUCCAACUCCAAGAUGAGGGCAUCCAAAGAGAAACAGUGCAAGCAAGAAGGAAGUGCAUCCGGAGGAGGUGGAUCAGGAGGUGGAGGAUCAGGAGGAGGAUCAGGAAAAGGAGGAGCAUCCGGAGCAGGUGGAUCAGGAGGAGGAUCCGUAGGAGGUGUAUCAAGAGGAGGAUCCGGAGGAGGAUCAGAAGGAGGAUCCGGAGGAGGAGGACCCGGAAAGGGAGGAGGAUCCGGAGAAGGAGGAUCAGGAGGAGGUGGAUCCGGAGGAGGGCCAAGAGGAGGACCAAGAGGAGGUGGACCCCAUGACCAUCCCGACGACGAGGGCAACCAAACGGCCUAUCGCAAUGACAAGCACGCCAUCGAAUUACGCCAACCCGUCCGCACCGUGCGCCUUCACAUCAAAGGACUGACCCGCCGGGUGAGCAAGGAGCACAUCACCGAGAUCUUCGGCCAUUUCGGUGCCCUCACGGCCGUCGACUUUCCCAUGGACCGCUUACAGGGACGCUUGGGGCGUGGCUACGCCUUCGUCGAGUAUGCCCGUCCCGAGGACUGCGCCCGCGCCAUCAGGCACAUGAAUGGCGGCCAGAUCGACGGCAAGCGGAUCACGGUGUCCGCCUUCCAGGAGAACAUGCUGAAGGCUCCAUGGCGCCACUACCGCCGCUACUCGCCGGUCAACUACCGCCAGCGCCAGCGCCAGCGUCACAGCUCACCGUCCAGCUCUCGCUCUCGCUCCCGCUCCCGCUGCCGCUCUUACGGCCAGUCCCGCUCCAUGUCCCGCUCCCGCUCGCGGUCCUUGCCCCGCUCCCUCUCGCGGUCCUUGCCCCGCUCCCGCUCCUCCCGCUCGCAAUCAGUGUCAGGAUCGCGCUACAAUCGCCGCUACCGCUCCCGCUCCCGCUCCCGCUCCCGCUCCUCCUUCUCCAGCGGCCGCUCGUCGCCACGCUACGAGCAGUACCACCGCCCCGGAUCGCGUUCGCCUUAGGCAGAUCGCACUGUCGUCGCGGAGGGCAUAAUGGGACAUCCAAGCAGGUUCACAAAUCGGCCAGAUGUCGAUAUCCAAAAUCUUGAUUACUCUUAAUUGAAAUGUUAAUAUUUUCAAUAAACAACAA